CACACCGCCGGAUUUAGUGGUUUGCACCUUGAAAGCGUUUCGCUGUUAAGAUUAAAAAUGGAGGCCGAUGUGGCGCAUGUUCAAGUGAAAUUUUUCACAAAACAGUCUAGGUAUUCUGUGCCAGAUUCCCCAUUUUCUGUGCCUGUAUCAGUGAAAACAGAUGACCUGAGCUCUCUCAUCAAUGGACUUAUUUCAGAACCUUUAGGAGAUGAAACAAGCUUGGAAUUUGAUUUCCUUGUAGAUGGGGAGUUUCUGCGAGUCUCUCUUGAGAAACACCUGGAACAGAAAAAUAUAUCAACAGAAACUGUGGUAGAGAUAGAGUAUGUGGAAAGACAUCCAGCACCAAAACCUGAGGAUUCCCUCAACCAUGAUGACUGGGUUAGUUGUGUACAUGCAUAUAAUAAUACAAUACUGACUGGUUGCUAUGACAACACAAUACGACUAUGGACAACAAAAGGAGAUUCAGUUUUGACUAUCCCAGGUCAUACUCAGCCUGUAAAAUGUGUUUCCUGGAUAAAACAUGAGUCUGAUGGAAAAUACAGUUUUAUGUCAGGGUCACAUGACCAGACUGUAUUGUUGUGGCAAUGGGAUGAGAGUAGUAAUGAGGUAGACUGUGUCCAUUCCUGCCGUGGUCAUGCUGGAAGUGUAGACUGUGUAGCUGUGGACCAGUCUGGACAAAGGUUUUGUAGUGGUUCCUGGGACAAAAUGUUAAAACUUUGGUCAGCAGUGAUAGAUAGAGAAGAGGAAGGAGUGGAUGAAGAAGAAGAAAAUCCAAAGAAAAAGAAGAAAACAGGUGGACAGAAAGUACAAACACGUGUACCCAUGUUGACAUUAUCAGGUCAUACAGAGGGUGUGUCUGCCAUUGCUUGGUUGGAAGAACAGGAAGUUUGCACUGCAUCAUGGGAUCAUACCAUACGAUUAUGGGACCUGGAGAAAGCAGAACAAAAGUCAUCUUUACAAGGGAACAAAGUAUUUCUGGACAUGUCGUACUCACCCCUGAACAGAAUGUUGAUUACAGGAUCUUCAGAUAGACAUGUACGACUUUGGGACCCUAGAACUUCAGAUGGAGCAAUAGUAAAAUGUACAUACACCUCACACAAUGGUUGGGUGUCAAGUGUAACAUGGUCAACCACAAAUGAACAUCAGUUUUUGUCUGGUUCCUACGACAACCUUAUGAAACUCUGGGAUAAACGAAGUCCAAAGGCACCUUUAUACAAUCUGGUUGGUCACACAGACAAGAUACUGGCUGUUGAUUGGUCAAUACCUACACUGAUGAUGUCGGGAGGGGCAGACAAUCAGUUGCGGAUAUUUCAGCAUGAGGAAUCAAAAACACCUCUUGGAACUUGAUAUUGUUGUAAUUAUUUUAACUAAAUAAAACUAUAAAAAGUA